UUACACGGACACCAGAUGCUCAGGAUACACUGUAUAUUGACAGCAAUAAUGUCCGCUGUGUAUGUGAUGGGUAUGCUGGGUCUUUUGAUGAAGGUGGCCAUGCCCAUGUGUGCCCCCACAGAAUACACCCUUUACGUCGAGAGGCCGGAGUGUAACUUUUGUGUAGCUGUCAACACCACCAUCUGCAUGGGCUUCUGUUUUUCCAGAGACAGUAAUGUAAAAGAGUUGCUGGGUUCCCGUUUCUUGGUCCAGAGGGGUUGUACAUAUGAGGAAGUCGAGUAUCGAGCCGCUGUCCUGCCCGGCUGCCCUCCGCAUGCAGAUCCUCACUUCACGUACCCGGUGGCGCUGAGCUGUCACUGCAGUACCUGUAACACACACAGUGAUGAAUGUGCCCACAAAACCGGUCAUUCUGGGAUGAGAUGUUCCAAACCUAUCCGUCAUCUGUACCCCGACCCGGAGGAGAACAACUUCGUUCAGCCGUUCUGGGAACAGUACGAGUGACUUCAAUGAUCUGAUAAAUAAAAAUAGUCUAAACUCAGUUAAAAGUGAAUAAAGUGUUUACCAUAGUUGUUGACGGUGAACUGUUGUUUGUUAAAUAAUGCAUUGAGUUCACCUUUUCUAACCCGUCAUGUUUAGAUGAGUCUGCAUCUUUAAUGUUUUAUUGUUUCAUUGGUGUCCUAUUAAAUGUUG